AUGUCGAUUGCAAUCUGGCCUCCCGUCUCCCCCGACGAGCUCAGGCUUAAAGCCGCCGAGACCCAGGCGCGCGAGCUGGACUGGAUCGUCGAGGAGACGCUGCAGAUCUGUCGCGAUCUCAAGCAUGGCCUCGAGGACUGCUAUGCGCUCCUCGCGCCCAUCGACCCGGGCAGCACCCUCGUCAUGAGCACACAUCGCAACGAAAAAGUAAAGGGCACGCUCACCCGCGUCGGCACUCGCAUCGUCAAAGGGCAUCUCCAUCUCCAGCUUCGAACGAUACCCGCCCAGACGCUGUCGCUCUCCCAGUCCGACGUCAUUCACAUCCAGGCCCUCGAUUCGCUAAAUGCGUACCUAAACCAAUCCAUCGAUCUCCUCUCCAUCACCCUGUCCAAGCCGCAGGACGCCCGCUCCCUCUCCUCCACACUCGCCAUCCUCGCAGACUCCCUCUCCGACUCGGCGGCACUCCUCAAGGGUCCCCCUCUGACAGAUGCCGACCCUGCUUGGCAGACGUGCUCAUGUCCGCCGUACCACUUUGAGCCCUCCCCGGGGCCCAACCUCAGCUUUUAUCUCGGCCUGCAGGAGAGCUGCAUCGUGCUCUGGCUGCGUGCUCUAGAACCCGCGGAUGCACCCGUCCAUUUUGGAACUAAGCUCGGCCUUGCCAUCGGCACCUUCCGUCGUCUGGAACACGACGAGAUGGACACCGUUUUCCGGUACAAUACCAUGGGGAGCGGUGCCGGGGGCUCCAAGCGGGGCAGUGCGCGCCAUACCCCAGAGCCUAGAUCGUCGGCAGCCGACGCGGAGAGCAAGGAUGUGCAGGAAGUCUAUGUCCGGGAAAAGGUGCGCGUCGAAAGUGCAGAUCCGAGCCUCAUCUCCCUGCACUCCAAGCUUGGCUUCCUAAGUCACAUGCUCGGCCAGGCGCGGAGGAAUCUGUCAGAGGUCCUCAGCGUCGACUCGUAG